AUCAGUAUAAUCAGAGUAAUCAUUUGAUAGCUCUUCACCCCAAAUCUUCCUCCAGAAGCGAUGGUGUGAGUAUGGAGGAGGAAGAUGAGGAGGACGACAUCCGGGCCAUCCAGAGAUUGCGGAGGGAGCUGUACUAUGAACGUGAGAUUGUCCGGACUUUACACGCCUCAGCAAACCAGUGGAGGAACAUUGUACGGGAGAAUCUCGCCAUGAACAUACAGAGAGAACAGGAAGAAGUUGAAUGGAGAAUCAGGUAUCAGUACCAGCGAUCCUUCAACGAGAUGCUGAAGAAGGUGAUUGAGAACUUGAGGACCGAGAUGCGGGAACUCCGACGAGGCAACACCGAGGCGAGUAGCUACGUGGUAGGCGACAUGAUGAAGAGAUCCCUGCCCGAGUGCCGCCUAAAAGUCAGACAUUUUGAAACCGACCUCAAGUCCAUGAAAAACCUACGGAACAUGUAUGAGCGGCAGCUGGACCACGAGUCUGUGGAAUACUCCAAGGUCAAAGAGAAACGGACUGCAGUGUUCAAAGACCUCCUGUUCAUGCAAAGUAUAUGCAUUAAACAACAACAGAAAUUUGAAAAAGAAUAUUUUGCCAAACUCAGAGAAAGACAUGGUGGAAUUCUAUUUCGUGAUAGUAAUGUGUGUUUGGGGAGGGAUCGACUAGAAGGUGUUAAGUCCCGUCCGUCUAAUGUCAGAGCCAGAAAUGCUACUAUAUGCAGUGGUAAGGAUAACACCAAGAGGUUUGACAUAUUAGUCGACAGUAUCGCGGCCAGAGCUUCAAGUACAUCCGUUGAUAACGUUGAGAUGAAGGACGCUAUUUGCACCAGAGACCAGGCAGCCUUGGAGGAGGUUACACACCAUCAAGGCAGGACAAAUGGGGACAAAACAAGCGUGCAAUUUCAACGUAGUAAACAUGGAAAACAACACCUCGAGAGAGUGACAUACAAUGAUGAUAUAUUCAAUUUUUGAUCAUAUUAUGUUACUG